GACACAACCCCAUCCCCGUCCGUAUCAUUGUACCAUGUACGCUCCCGUGUACGACUGCUUCUCGUUCCCCUUUCGCGUCCUUCCGCUAUCUGAACUCGAGCUGGAAGAGCGGCAGAAGGUGAGCCACCCGUCAAGACCUGAGGCCGUGCUUCCCUCCCUCCGGCCCUGCGCCCCACGCUGUCGAAGGAACUCCCUGUUCCACCGUCCAAGGAACUCCCUGUUCCACCGUCCAAGGAUCUCCCUGCUCCGCCGUCCACCUCGGGGUCAACUCUGUGGAGGGGGGCGAGGCGUCGCAGGGCCUCGGCGUCCAGUCCCCUGACCGAGAAGGUAGCCCAGACGACGGAGCCGCUAGGAGGAGCUCGUCGCCUUGGCGUCCAGACGACGGAGCCGCUAGGAGGAGCUCGUCGCUUACCUCAUCUAGUGCUGCAAUAUCAAGGAGAACUGGAGAUUUUCCCAGAAAUUUUGCAGCACCUAGACCCAUGGCAUGGGUGACGACUGAAAGCGAAGGAAGGGGAUGGCAGGAUUUGAAGAGUUUCAGCAAUCGGUUCAAAAAGAAAAAAGUAAUUGCAAGGUUGGAUCUCUUACUGUCCGUGCGUCGGAUUCAUCGCCAGCACCAUUCCCAUGAGUACUUGAAUCCAUUGGUGACUACAGCUGAUUGAUGCGAUGUUCAAUUAGAGCCUCCCCGUGUAGUUACUAUUCCUUCGUGGUUCAGCAGAAAUUUACCUGUGUUGAUUUGAUGGGGUUCAACAUCAUAUUUCUAUUUGCAUUAGCGGGAGAUUAGAUUUGGCGCGCAGCUAUAUAUUUUGGGGAUGCGUUCCCGCGUGAGGAGAUGAUUUAUCUCCUAUUUUAUGUCAUUUACUUUAAGAUGAUGUGCGUGUAUUACGGUGUGUAUUGGUACACGGUAUAGGACACAGAUGGGGCUGUGUCAUCCAUGUUUCCUUUUACGGGAAAAAAACUGAGCUGGGGGUAAAGGAACGAAGAGCACGGGCAUGGACUUGCUCUUAUCAUGCGGAGCCUCGGAGCCUUAUUUUGACCUAGCUAGCCCAUGAUGAGGAUCGAUCUCCCGUACCUUACGUAGGCAACUGACUUUACUCUUCCUACGCAUGCAACAGACUUCCCUCUAAUUUCUCUCAUCUUAACACGCCGCACGCGGAAACGACGAACUUACCAGAGAAGAUCUCGGUAAUCCUCUCCUUGAUUUCUGUGCUCCGAUGACAAAGACUUUCAGGUCUAGCUUCUACCGGACGAAGCAAGCCGACCCGUUGGGGGAGGAGGAUGAAUCGCUCGGGGAGUACUACACGGACCUCGAGGGAGGCGUGAGCAAAGACGGCGAUGCCAGCGACGAGUGGGCAAACUACCGCUGCACGCGUGUUUCCGGCGGCACGCUGGUCGUCGCUGUUAUCGCCGUCUUCGUCCUGCUUUCCAUCGGCCUCUACUACCUAGUGCUGUGCUUCUUCUACCUGCCGCCCGAGGACGCGGUGAUCGCCUUGGUUAAUGGCAUGUUACUGCUCACGGGUGGCCCCUGGCUGUUAUGUAGGCUCGCCGCCUGUUUCUACGGCCGCCUCCGCCGCCGUAGGGACCUCGAGGACGGCAGCGGCGGCAAAGACUGCGACACUGGCAACGAGAAGCCGGGGUCCGGUGGCUACACACGCCCUGACGACGAGAUGCUCUAUGUCAUCGCCUACUUGGUCUUCUUCAUGGGCAUCUACUGCAUAUUGCUGGGCAACAUUAUCGUCAUCGUUGGCGGUGGCUUCCUUGCGUUUGGCGCCAUGCUGGUCGUGACUUGCUGCUUCGACUGCCGUGGCUCCUCCCCGCCGCCGGCUAUUGAGGGUUGAAGUUUCCGCGUGUCCAUGGCAGCUGACGGAUGAGGUGCUCUGUUAGUUGAUUAGUUAGCUGCUGCAGUUGUGUUCCAGGAGUAGUUCCAUAGUUAUCCGAAGAACCAUACCUAGAGAAUUUUAAUCUUUCAACACCAUCAUUGAUGCCGCGAGGAAGAAAUCGUAGUCGAAAAGUCGGCAGAAAGAUCAAUAAUUGUGAUGUCAUCUUCAUUGAUUUGGGAACCAGAAGAAGACGACUACCAAAAA